AUGUUCAACACGACAACCAGUAGCCCCGCCGGGUCUGAUAGCAACGAGAAGAACUUCGAAGCGGGUGGCCCCGAGGAUCACGGCGUCAAGAGUAGGCUACAAUUGGAAUCGACCGAGCCCGACAGCCAUAGGGAUUCUACCACGUAUAAAACGUAUCAUCAGAGCGAGGACAACAGCUUGCCCAACCAGUCAACUGAUGUAGUUGAUCGUGUCAUAAGUCGUAUUGCGAGUAGAGUCACCUCGCGAUCGACCAUAACCCCUGGACCGCCACCCGAUGGCGGAUUAAGAGCUUGGUUGUGUGUCUUUGGCACCUUUCUCGUCGUGAUGAAUACAUGGGGCAUGAUCAACUCCUUUGGCGCCUUCCAGAGCUACUACAUCCAAACCCUCGACCGCAGCCCCUCGGACAUAUCCUGGAUCGGCUCCGUCGAGAUCUUCCUCCUCUUCUUCAUAGGCACCUUCACCGGCCGCCUCACGGACGCGGGCUACUUCCGCUCCGUCGCGACAGCCGGCUCCGUCCUCGUCGUCGCGGGCACCCUGGCGGCCUCGGCCUGCACGCGGUACUGGCAGCUCCUGCUGGCGCAGGGGGUCUGCGUCGGCCUGGGCAACGGGUGCCUCUUCUGUCCCACGGUCGCCCUCGUCUCGACGUACUUUGCCGAGCGGCGCGCCUUCGCCAUCGGGAUCACGGCCUGCGGGAGCGGAGCGGGCGGCGUGGUGUUUCCCAUUGUCAUUCGGGAGAUGUUGCCGCGUGCCGGGUUCGGCUGGACGAUGAGGACGCUCGGGUUCAUCCAGGCCGCUGCGCUGUUCACCGCCUUGUCUUGUCUGAAGCCGAGGGUGCCGCCUCGCAAGACGGGGAGCUUGGUGGAGUGGGCGGCGUUCAGGGAGUUGGAGUAUACGUUCUAUGCCGUGGGGGCAUCCUUGUGCUUCUGGGCGUCCUACAUCGUCUUCUUCUUCCUCGCAGCCUACGCCCGCGACAUCCAAGGCGCCUCCUACGACACAUCCCUCGACCUCCUCAUAAUCACAAACGGCGUCGGCAUCCUCGGCCGCCUCGUCCUCAACAGCCUCGCAGACCGCGUCGGCAACCUGACAAUGUUUGUCCCCACCGCCGGUGCCGCCGCAGUGCUGGCGUACUGCUGGGCGGCGCUGCCCAUCGCCUCCUCCUCCUCGCGGGUGGGUCUCUACGUCUGGGCUGCGUUGAGCGGUAUCGCACUGGGCGGCAUCCAGGCGCUCUUCCCCUCCACGCUGGCGUCGCUGACGGCCGAUCCGAGGAAGCAAGGGGCGCGCAUCGGCAUGGUGUUUACGAUUGUGAGCGUGAGCGUGUUGACGGGACCUCCGAUUGCGGGCGCGUUGGUGUCUGCUUUGGGGGGUAGGUAUUUGGGUGCGCAGAUGUUUUCGGGGAGUAGUUUGAUGUUGGGGAUGGUGUUCAUUUUCUUGGCGAGGGAGGCGAAGAGGAAGAGGGUGGGAGGGUCGUUUUGGGCAAAGGUUUAG